CCAGCCCGGUCCCGGCAUUAGUUUACUUCCGGUCGUUGUUACAAGAAGUCGCACGUUUCGUUUUAUUUACACCCGUAGCCUGUAGUGCACCUGAGGUUGACGUUAAUUUUUGAAAUAUGACAACGGCAGCUCAAAAGGUCCAGGAGUACAAAGACACCCUAAAAACAAAGGCUGAAGAACUGAUAUUAAAUGGAUUCCCUGAGAAAAUAGUCAAAUUAAAUGAACUUCUGGAGAUGCCCAUGUUUGGAAACUUGGAUCUCUCCAUUGUUCACCAAAAGCUAAACAUUCCCACUCCUGAUCCUGUUCAAAUCAACAGUAACUCCGAUCAUGGUUCAGCAACUAAGAAGAGGAAAUGUGAAAAUGAAACCAAUGAUGUUGGAACUAAAGUCAUGUUGUUGACUUCAGGACCAGUUCCAUGCAAUUCUACACUUACCGAACUGAUUGGUGUCGUGAAGCCUCACAUCAAGGAAUUAGUUGCCGAUUCUAAUUUGUUAAAAAUGUGGGUAUCUUUCAUGAUUCCCAAAAUUGAAGAUGGAAACAAUUUUGGAGUUUCCAUUCAAGAAGAUACCCUGGCUGAAAUCCAGUCAGUAGAAUCAGAAGCUGCUGCCUUCUUUGAUCAGAUCUCACGUUACUAUGUUUCCCGAGCUAAAAUAAUAUCCAAGGUGGCCAAAUACCCCCACAUUGAGGACUACCGCCGCUCCGUGCAGGAAUUGGAUGAGAAAGAAUACCUGAGUCUCUGGCUAGUGCUCUGUGAAGUUCGCAACCGUUACAGCACACUUCAUGAUAUUGUCACUAAAAACAUUGACAAGAUCAAGAAACCCAGAUCAACCAAUUCAGUAUCUCUCUACUGAUGUGUCCAGUCCAAUGUAAUUGGCUUGGUGCCCAUAUUAAUGAAUUUGGUUGAUUGUGAUCCUGUCCUUUUCUUUCUGUAUUCCUUAAUUGAUAAGGCACUAGUGUUUCUGUUGGAUAAUUUUGUCAAUGUUUCCAUUUAAAGCUUGAUGCUGUGAAAUCUGAGAUGACUAAGGCUGGUUCCAUGCUUGAAUAUUUCCAAUCUUAGAGCUUGAACAGUUUUGGGAUGUUUAUGUAAUUAUUUUACAGCCAGUUUCUAAAAUUUGUUGUAACUCUUAAAGUUGACAGGUUUAUUUAUGCACCUUUUACCAUUAGCAUUGUCCUGCAUUUUUUUAUGGAUGCGGUGCUGGAUUAAAAUGAAGAAUUAAGCGUUAAUCACUCUUAUAUCAGCAAUUUUUUAGCAUGUUCUAAAUUACUUGUGGCAUUGUAUCAAUUGACCUUAUGUGUGCUCCUAUAGUUACUUUUCCUGUUGGGUUUCUUCAUACAAUUUUUGUUUUACGAACCUUUGACUUUUGUGACUCCACUCUGUUGCACGAUCGUAAUACCUAGCAUGUAUGUCUUGUCAGUUAUUCAAAUUUACCCCACAAGUUGUUUUUGUCUGGAACCAUGUAUACUGACUGGAUUGAUAAUAGAAAUUAAUUUUGCAAUCUCAUGAAGUUGAGGAAGAUUAUGUCAGACACUUAAUGUAUCCCAAAUAUCUCCUCAAUCUGUAGAUUUGUUUAUAAACUGGUUAUGUAAAUAUAGCAAUAAAUAUGAUGCAACCAAAAUCAACCCAAUUUAUGAGAUAUUGUCAAUUGUCCUCUUUUCAAGCUCUGUACUUCUGUUUUCUUUUUAUCUGUAGAGAUUCAAUUUUAACUGUUAAAACUGAAGGACUUAAAUUAUUCUUGACAGAAACAUACAAAGCAGUGUAAUUCCAGUUAGUUAUUUUUAAAUUUUACUUUGUAAUCAUGAAUAAUUUUUCAUGCUUAAACUAGUUAAAUCUGAAGCCACAAAGUCAAAUGCCUGUAUGAAUAUGUUUAAAAUUCAUAUGAAGGUUGUUUUGGUGAUAUUUAGGUAGCUUGUUUCGGUGAUACAUUUUUUAAACAGUGUGAGGGUAGAGGGGGAAGUGCUAUAGUCUCAAAUAUUCUUCCUUGUUUUUCUCUCCUGGAUGUAUGUACUAUGAUAAUGCUGUUUUGUUAGGUCAGUAAAACCUACCACCCAAUUAAAUUAAACCUUUUUCAA